AUGAAAUUGGCCAUCCCUCAUUCCAUUAUCCAGCCCGUGUCGGUGCCGUAUACCUCCCUGCCGCACUUUGCGUUUGCGAUGGGUGCUACCAAGACCUCUUGCGCCACCGCGUUGGCCCACCAGAGCCACCACGACAUUGCGACCCAACCGAGCGCACAACAUAAUUGGUGCUGGCAGCGGCAGCAGCGGCAGCAUGGGUAUGGAGGCGGCUGCGGCGCAAGUACCAGCAUGGACGCGGCGUUGGCGGCAUGGACAUUUUUGGGCAAAAGGCAGCUUGAUCGCGGCGGCAACGGUGGCGACUGCGGGAGCAGUAUUGGUUUAGGGAUGGUGAACUAUGAUGCUACGAGCCGACCAUCGAUCCUGAUCAAGGCACCGCGAACGACUACCGUGGUGAGGCCCCGGCUAGAGUUGCUGGAAGGCUAA